UGCACAUUUUUUAAAACAUCCCACCUGACACACCUGAGACAGUACGCAUGCGCAGUAGUCGCACUGAAAUCUGAACUGUUUAGAGUGAACCAUCAUCACAGGAAGUCCGUCCAGAAAAAGCAGCAGAGGGAGACCAGAACCAGAACCUGCAGCUGCAGCACAGAAACUAAGGCUCAGACCUGCUGAAGCGGCAAAAAGGGGAGCCAAGCUGUCAACCAGUUGAGCUGUCAAUCAACUGGCUGCGCUGGAGAGCUGUUCCACUCCCUUACGGCGCACGACUCGGACCGAUAUCAGAGAAGAGGAGGCAGACAGAGAAGCUGAGAGCGAAAUCUCCAUUCCAGCAGAGCAAGCCCAGCUGCAGAGGAUGGAGGCUGACAGGAGGGAACACAUCACUUCCUGUCCAUCGGUGGCGAGUAACAAGUCAAAAGAUGAACAUCUGAACUUCUGCAGGGACAUCCGAACAAAGAUGGACGUUGAUUUGGGGGAGGACUCCUCUUCCUGCCCUUCAGUGGCGAGUGACAAAUCAAAAGAUGAACCUUUGACGUUCAGCAAGCACAGCAGGAAUAUGAAUCCAACAGCAACUGCAUCAAUAAUGAAAGAUGACGGACUGCAAACAAAAUAUGAGAAAUCUGACCUUGAGCUGCCACUGAGGAUUGAAGAUUGGACCAAAGACCACGUGAAAGCCUGGCUAGUCUGUAAACUCAGAGUAUCAGAGAAAGUUGCACAGAAUCUCUAUGACCAGGAGUUGUCUGGAGCUUGCCUCACCUCCUUUGAGAAAGACGAUUUGUUAGAUCUAGGUGUUCCACGAGCCCCAGCUUUACAGAUUUUAAGAGAGACUGAAAAGUUCAGGAGACAUUCAGACACGUUGGUGUCCAGUGUUGGAACACCACACAGUGAUUAUGAGGUCAAAAAAGCUCAAGACAUGUCAGGAAGAUUGAAUGAAUUCAUGGAAACGGAAACAGUGUCAUCAGAUUCAGGAAUUCAGAGUCUAAGUUCUGCAAUGCAGAUGCUCGAAAUGCCACAAUACAAAAUGAAGUUAGGCCAAGAUGAAAGCUCAAACUAUGCACAUAGUAUGAUUGAGAUUCCUGACAGUGAAACAGCUGUACAACCUCAAAAGUCCUUUAGCCAGCUCCGACCCUUUGAUAAAAGUAAUUCCUCCAUGUUUUAUAUGGAAAAUGCUAUUCUUCCCCCCAUGGCUGGGCCAAGUAAUCUUAUUGAUCCCGUCCACGAGUAUGUCCUCUUUCCAAAUGAUGAUGAAGCCAGUGAAAAGGAGAUUCUUUAUGAAUUCAAAAAGGAAGUGUUUUGUUUUUCUGCUAGCUGCAUGAAUUCCCGAACCAACGGAACUAUACAUUUUGGAGUAGACAGACUGUCAGACCGUGAAGAGAUUGGCCAAGUGGUUGGGCAAAAGAUCAGAUCUUUCAGAGACUACAAUCAGGCUUUUGAAUCGUCUUUUGGAGAGUUCUUUGAGGAACAGCAUGUUGAUACUGCAAGAAUGUGCAUUAGAGUACCACAUUUUAUUCAAGUUUGCCAUCGAGAUGGAACCACCUCAGACAGAUGGGUGAUUGAAGUAGAUGUAGUCCCAGUUUAUUCACAGACACUAGAUACAAUCUUUUAUGCUCAACUGGGUAUUAUGGCUGCAGACGAAAGUCAGCACUGCAAAACAGAAUGUCUUUUUAUCCGGGAUGGUCCACAAUCUACUAACAUUUUAGAGGAUCCGAAUCCUCGAGUUACUCAAAACAAACUGAAAGGCUUGACUGAUAAAGUGAAGAGCUGGGCAACAGCCCGAAAAUCUGCUGAUGAAAGAUGUGAAAACCGGAUUUUUCAAAGCAAUCAGGGUCAAAGGCUGAAGCAACUCAUAACACGGGGGAAAGAUGCAUUUGACAGCUAUCUUCAGGUUAUUGUUGUCACCGACAAAUGUCCACCAAGCCAGCUGGAGUUCAUGGAUUUUCUGAAAGAGAUGAGGGUCUUUGCUGUACUUGAGUUUGACCCGGAGUCUGACGUGAACGGAACAUGCAGUUUUUACAGAAAAGAUUGCGUUGCCAAUCUUCACUUUCCAAACAUGUACACUGCACAAGACAGCAUGUCUACAAUCAUUGGAAAACUAAACCUGUAUAAGCACACCAGCUGGAUUUUCUGCAAUGGGCGUCUGAAUGAGGAGAACGAGGCAGACAAGGCACUAACACCCAGCGAAUGGAUUAAGAGACGCUCCGGGGAGAUCAGCAGCAUGGUAACCUGGCUUUGUAACCCAGAAUUGAUUUCCAAAGAUAAACUCUUGGUCAUAUUUGUUCUUCACUCUGCAGUAACUGAAAUCUCAAGCCCAAUUCUAGAGACAUUCUGUGCAAUGUAUCGCUCUCUGGAAGGCGCUGAGAACAUGUUGUGCUUAUGCAGAGAUUCAGAUGUAUUCAAUGACUGGAAGCGUCUGGUAGAGAUUCGGUGCCAGGAAGAAAUUACCAAUAAAUGCAUCUACGAACUGAGUCUUAAUGAGAUAUCAAGCACCAUCAAGAAACUUAAAGAACCAAAAACACGAUCUUCACAGAGAUACCUGCCAUCGACAGGCUCCAGCUCGGUCCUGCUGGCAAAAAAAGAGGAAGAACUCAUGACUGUCUUAGACAUUUUGUGUGAAAAUGAGUGUGAGAACACAGAAAUCGAAACAAAUGAGUCUUUCCAGGAGUUCAAGAAAAAAACCGAAGAGGACUUUUACAGAGGAGGACAAGUUACAUGGUGGAACUUCUACCUCUCAGAGAUUGAGAACAGCCUGCCUUUCAUCCAACGAGACAAAUACAAUGAGUUGUAUGAGCUGAUCGUACCUGUUGGAGUCCCCACAUCUCAAUGUGCCAUGAUCAAUCUCUUCCAUCACCCUGGAUGUGGGGGGACUACUCUAGCAAUGCAUGUUCUUUGGAACCUGAGGAGUAAGUUCAGAUGUGCUGUUGUCAAGAACAACAAGGCAACCAACAAUGACAUUGCCGUGCAGGUCAUAAACUUACUCACUUAUGGAAGACAGAGUCAGCCAGGCAACACACCUGUCCUCCUAUUGGUGGACAACUGGGAUGAUGUGGAAGAUCUAAAGCUGUGCCUUCUGAGUGUUUCUCGUGAGAAAAACCAACAGAGCAAUCUGAUGGUAGUCAUACUGAACUGUGAGAGAACACAGUUUCCUGAAGAAAGAUCUCGAAAUAGCCGCAUUCCAAACGUGUUUAUAACCAACAAGCUGUCCCCUAAAGAGCAGAAACUGUUUUCUGCAAAACUCCAGCAGCUCGAGAAUGACCAUGAGAAGCCUGACACCUUCUACGCCUUCAUGAUAAUGACUAAUAACUUCAGUGAAACCUAUAUCGCUAAUGUGGUGAGCAACACCGUUAAAGACCUUGAUGCCACUAGCCCACAAGGCAAGCUCUUUUCUUUCCUGGCCCUGCUGAACACCUUUGUCAAUGGAUCCUACAUAUCACUGUCUCUCUGCGAAGAGUUGGUUGGCAUCAAGAAUCCCCUAUGGAAGCAAGAAACUCUCGAUGAAAAAAUGGAUCCUUAUUCCAGCCUUCUGAUUACGUUUACUGUUGAGGAGCAUGGCACCUAUCAGGCAGUGAGAUUCUUGCAUCAAAUGAUUGCUCAAAAGUGUCUUGACAUUCUAAAACAAGACCACGGUCUCUCUCUGUCUGACAUGGUAAUGGACAUCUUGGAGUGUGACACAGUCUAUAAAUCAUGCAUGGGCAAAGAUUUCCUUUAUCAAAACAUUCAGAGCAUGCUUGUCACGCGCCACAGAAAAGAACAAGGUGGGGACAAAAACACACAGUUUUCUCCAUUAAUUGAGAAAAUAAAUGAAGAAGAAGGUUCUGAGAAAAUCAAAAUUGUCCUGGAAAAAGCCACAGAGAGGUUUGACAGAAGUGCAACACUUCCUCAGGCACUUGCAAGACAUUUCUACUUGAACGAGAAAGACUUUAAUUCUGCUCUUCAUUGGGCCAAGGACGCGCAGGGAAAAAACCCAAAUUCUUACAUUGCUGACACGGUUGGACAAGUGUACAAAAGUCAACUCAAAAAGUACAUUGAUGACUCAGGUAAUCCCACCCCCGAAGUGCUAAAAGAAUGCCUGAUUGUGGGAUCCAAGGCUGUUAAGGCAUUUCAGUAUUCUCAGGAACUGGCCAAUAAAGAUGAACAGAUGGAUCCAUUUGAGAUGCACAACAUAAAGAGAUCAAAGUCCUACAACACAUCUGGUUAUGUUGGAGAAAUGGAAGUCAUGAUGGUCCUUCUUGACAAUAUUAAAGGUCUCCCUUCUUUUCAGGCCAACAAACUUGAAGAAGACAAAAUGCGUCAGUUUCUCAAAGGUCACAUUUCAGCAAACCAGUUACAUCUUGAUCACAGCAACACAACCGCCGGCCAGUUUGUGGCUGUCCUGACAGAACAUGAGAGAUUUUUGGCUUCCUUCAAGCCGAAACUCAAAGAAAUAUUUACCUUUUUUGAAAACUACUUUACUUAUCUACGACAGAGGUCCCAGGAAAGGGAAGCGGCCGAUGAAAGAAACAAAAAAAAGUUAUCAGAACUAUUCCGAAAGUACAUUGAGAUCUUCAGCAGUUCAGAAGAAGAGAAGGCAUCUGAAAAGGCCAAGAACCCAAAGCUUAGUCUCCAUCAGGAAGUAAUGGACCAAAUGAACUAUCUGGAAAUGAAGCGAGUAGAUUCCUUCGCUGGACUUCUUCAGUGUCUAACUGAGAAAACUGCAAAAGAAAUGGAGUUUGUUCUCAAUAAAUGGAAGUUUAUCUUUGAGAACACGCCUUCUAGAUCUGGAACCACACUGAACUUCAUCUUGGCAAACAUAGUGAUGCACUGCAUCAAGCCCUCUUCAAAGCUGGUGAAAAGGUACGAGGAGUUGGUUGACCUUUUGGACAAGGAACUGCAAAAGGAAGGAACCCGUUCAAAUUUGACUGAGAUGUACUACCUAUCAAUGCUGCUCAUGUGGCCUGCAAAAGACAGAAAACUGGAGAGCACUCCAACCUAUAAGGAUAUCAGCACUUAUGUCAUGUCAGCCAAGAAAUCUUUCCAUCGACGCUUUUCUCACUUGAUUCCAGCUCGAAGUGCAAUAGCUCAUUUUUUUCUGGGGAACUCCAGUGGAUUAAAGCGAAUAGUACCCAAAGUGAAGCUUGACAGAAUUCUUGCCCAGGUGUAUAAACAGGACAGUUGCAGCUGUCAGAGUAGUCAGCCACGUAACGUGCACCGUCUGUGGCAGAGUGGAACUGCGUGGAAGGAGCCCGACGUGCAGAAAGAACUGUUGAGGGUUAAAGGGAGAUCAGAAAACGGGGAAAUCUACAUCAACUAUGGAGGAAACCUGAAAAUGUUGGUUCGCCCAGCUUAUCUGGGUGACAUCCGGACUGGAUACAGCCGGGAGGAUGUACUUUUCUACCUGGGAUUUACUAUGGAAGGUCCGGUGGCAUACGAUGUACAGUAUGAAAAUGACAAGUGAACACAGCCUGGUUACAAAUGGCCAGAAAACAAUGAGCAGUGAAGGAAAUGGUCACAAGGUCAUAGUCUGUUUUAGUGUUCCACUUACAUAAAAGGGGCGUGGCUUUAAGUACUUCAAUUCAGAUAAGUGUGUGUUAUUCUGAUUAAUCCAACCACUUUAGAUCAUAUUUUACUGCUCUAUCUACUGAAGAGCAAAAGAAAGAUUUUACAGUUUGUGUCAGAUUUGAAAGGUUAAUAUUACUGCCUGUAUUACAUGAACUUUGACUGGAUGUGUCUGCCAAUAAACCUUUUUCCUUUACAAUCUCAUAUUAGCUAAAUAUUAAAAUAUUUAAUACUGUGGGGAAUCAACAAUAAACACAAGUGCCUCUUUGAUUACGGAGGUGGUUGGUGGCACAUGAGACCACAGUGCCGGACCACCAGCUAAAACCCACAUAGAAUAGUACAUUUGAUUUUUCCGUUGUUUAUAAGUGUAUAUAAAUAAAACUGUUCUAAAAACAACUACUUUUUUAAAAGCCUGUUCACUUACGUUUAUAUCAUAUGUAGCAUAUGUGAUUUUAUGUCGUUUCAUAAACGCCUCUCCCAUCACUUCUGUCACUGUUUAUAAUUCAUGUUGAAGCAGAAAUGCAGGCCUGGUAGUGACAUGCAGGUUGACAUGAACCGUCUCAUGUUUGUGCUGCAUUCUUCUGAUUUUACUUUGGUGUGUAUGAAAGACCUGAAAGUGUCUGCAUUGCUUUAUUUGGGGUUUUACUCAAUAAACUUUCUCCUAUUGGCUGAAAUUUCUCUGAUCAAGUUUCUUCAAUUUAACAAGACACAACGCUGAUUGUCCGGCUGACGCGACACAGAUCGUAGAAACGGCUACAUACAUGUGCAUGCGCUUGGUGCAGAAGCUGACAAUGUGGUAAAGUUUUUAUCCAAUCAUCUUUCAGCAUGCUUGUGUUUUUGGGUUCUAUGAAACCUGCCAGAGACCUUCAGAAUCCAUGAAGAAGGCCUCUGUGAGCAGGAGAGGGAGACAGCUGCAACAGCCAAUGAGAAGUCUGGAACACCAGAUGGAAGGCUUACAGUAAUCAAUGGGACAUGUGUGGUGCUAUCCUUGCCUCUGGACUUCACACCCAACAGCCUUCGCAGUUGCUAUGGUCCUGGUCUGAUUCUGUGUUUAUGUAUAGGAUGAUUUGCCCGCCUCAUUUGAGUUGUUGGCAUAUGAGUGAAUAAAGCUUCACGUAUUGAAGUC